UUUCCCCCCUCCGCGUCCCACCCGCUCCAGCGCGAGUCCGCACGCGUCGCGCCGCGCGCAGCGCGCCAUGGCCUCUCGGGUGACCGCCCUGCUCCUGCCGCUGGCCCUGCUGCUCCGUGAGUUUGCGACCGUCCGGGAGGGCGGGGGGCGGGGCAGACGAGGAGCGCGGGGCUCCGGGCUCAGCCUCGAUGCCUGCCGCCCGCAGAUGCCGCCGCGGCCGCCGGGCCAAUCCAGUUCCGCAUGUCGCCGCCGACGGUGGUCGCACAGCUGGACAUUCAGAAGGUGGAGCUGCAGUGCGAGGUGCUGCUGCCCAGCAAGGCGUUGGGCUGUUCCUGGCUCUACCAGAAGAAUGAACCUGCCGCCCGCCCCGUCUUCCUCAUGUACCUCUCCCCAAGCCGGACCAAGUUGGCGGAAGGGCUGGACCCCAAACAGAUCUCGGGCACGAGGAUGCAUAACAACCUCUACAACCUCACCCUGCAGCGCUUCCGCAAGGAGGACGAAGGCUACUAUUUCUGCUCUGUCCUGAACAACUCCAUGCUGUACUUCAGCCCCUUCGUGCCGGUCUUCCUGCCAGUCAAGCCCACCCCGACGCCCGCGCCGCGACUACCCACGCGGGCGCCCACCAACGCGUCGCAGCCGAUGUCUCUGCGCCCGAGAAUCUGCCGGCCUGCGGCGGGCAGCGCAGUGGAAAAAAGUGGGCUGGACCUCGCCUGUGAAAUCUACAUCUGGGCACCCCUGGCCAGCACCUGCGCCAUCCUUCUCCUGUCACUGGUCAUCACCGUCAUCUGCAACCACAGUAAGUUCUAGGGGCGCGUGGAGUGGGGCGAAACGGUUUGCCCCACUUCCUCCUCGUGCGCUGCUUGCUCCAGGCAGCCCUUGCCAGGAGAUAGGAUGGAAAUUUCUGGGACCUGAGCUGCACUGUGGGGUCAGGCACAGUCCAUUUCUUUCCUGGAGACAGAACUCGAGAAACCGCUUUCCACUCCUCUUUCCACUCUCUGGGACGUUUUUUAGGAAGAUAGAGCCCUUAUCCCAGGAGCGGCAGCAGAAUUGUGUUCCCUUGGCGAAGCGAAGGCUGCAGGGAGUGCAGUUUCUGGUUUAUUACAAACGCCAGCGGGAGAGGGUGUGCCCCUGUGGCCCUGGGACUAGUGCCCAGGAAGACUGGGUCAAAACCGUGACCGGUUGAGAUUUACUCUGGGCCAUUUCCCAGUGAACCCCCUACUACUUUGGGUCCCACUGUGGGUGACUGUACUAACCCAUCUUAACCCACAUCUCUAUUUGCAAUGCUUUUAGAACUGAUGAGAAGAGGGCUGGAAAAGCAGCUCUUUU